CAGGUGCGCUUUGAGGACACAGCAGUGACGUUUCUCGCAAGCGGGAUAACGUUGUCCCUCCGUCAAACAACUUAAAAUUAUUAUUUUACAGCCUUUUAUUCAGUGUAUAUUUUACAACGAUGUGGCCUUCCCGCAGCGGAAAAGGCGUGAUCAAACACCGAGAGUGAGGUCCCACUGAGGGGUUAACAGUUCAAGCAGGGCUGAGCCUCAAGCCACUCCACUGAGCUGCUCCUGUUGUUCACAAACACCGGAAUACUGCUCGGCAAGUAAAAAGGUGGAAAGGUUUUUGUACCCACUAUGGACAGUAUGCUAGACAACCUCUCAAAAACUGAGUUUAUCAGCAUUUGUGUCCGGGAUCCAAGGCUUGUUAAAGACGACCUCUGGCACGCACACGUCGACUAUGAGAUCUAUUUACAUACCAAUAGCAUGUGUUUUCGAAAGAAGACCUCCUGUGUAAGGCGCCGUUACAGUGAGUUUGUUUGGCUGCGUCACUGCCUGGAACAGAAUGCUCUCAUCAUAGAAUUACCCAAGUUGCCGCCCUGGAACCCCUUCUUCAGUUUAAGGAACACAGAGCAGGUCUCACAAAGGAUGAAGGGCUUGCAGGAAUUUUUAGAAAAUGUUCUUCAAGCACCUUUGUCGUUAUCGGACAGUCGACUCCAUCUGUUCCUCCAGUCAAACCUCAGCAUCACAAAGAUUGAAAGGUGUGCUCAUGGCAAGACCAGGUACACAGUGGCUGAAGCCAUCCAGCGUUCCAACAGCGGUUACAUCGGUAGAUUAGAGGACAAAGCCUGCUGUGACUCUGACUGUGAAAG